GGUCCUGCCACCUAGGCGGGGAAAGGGUGUCGGGGCCGACAGCGGAGCCAGCUCUGAUCCCUCCCACCCUCCGGGAGGCUUAAGCACUUCCGCGCGCUUCCCGGCUGGGACUUUGUUAGGCCAGAGCCCGGCAAUCGCUGGGCCAUGGGCGCCUCAGGCUCGUCGGCGCCGGCCCGCCUCGGCCUCCCCGCGCAGCCCCGGCCCGGGUGGCUCGGGGUCGCCGCGCUGGGACUGGCCGCGGUGGCGCUGGGGGCCGUCGCCUGGCGCGGCGCGCGAUCUUGGCGGCGCUGGCGGCGCCGGCGGCUGCAGCAGGUGGGCACCGUGGCGCAGCUCUGGAUCUACCCGAUCAAGUCCUGCAAGGGGGUGCCGGUGAGCGCGGCCGAGUGCACGGCCAUGGGGCUGCGCAUAGGCAAUGUGCGGGACAGGUUUUGGCUAGUAAUUAAGGAAGAUGGACAUAUGGUCACUGCCCGGCAGGAGCCUCGCCUGGUGCUGGUUUCCAUCGCCAAUGAGAACGAUCACCUGAUCCUCAGUGCUCCAGGCAUGGACCAGCUCAUCUUGCCUAGCAAGCUGCCUUCUUCAAACAUACUCCACGACUGCAGGUUAUUUGGCCUUGACGUUAAGGGCAGGGACUGUGGCAAUGAGGCAGCCCAGUGGUUCACCACCUUCUUGAAAACAGAAGCUUUCAGGCUGGUUCAGUUUGAGACAAACAUGAAAGGAAGACCAUCGAGGAAAAUUUUGCCUCCUUUUGUACAGAAUUACCAGGUAGCCUACCCGGACUGCAGUCCGAUUUUGAUUCUCUCAGAAGCCUCCUUGGCAGAUUUGAAUACCAGACUGGAGAAGAAAGUGACAAUGGACUAUUUCAGGCCAAAUAUUAUAGUGACGGGCUGCGAUGCUUUUGAGGAGGAUACCUGGGAUGAACUAUUAAUUGGCAGUGUAGAAAUGAAAAAGGUUUUGUCCUGCCCCAGGUGCAUUAUGACCACUGUGGAUCCAGACACCGGAGUCAUAGACAGGAAGGAGCCUCUGGAAACCCUGAAGAGCUACCGCCUGUGUGAUCCUUCUGAGAAGCAAAUAUACAAGUCAUCCCCACUUUUUGGGGUCUAUUAUUCAGUGGAAAAAAUUGGAAGCCUGAGAGUUGGUGAUCCUGUGUAUCGGAUGUUGUAGUGACGGAUCCAGUGACAUGGUUUCAACAUCCACAAGGCAUUGAUCAGGAUUAUAACAACCGUGGCGACAGCACCUCAGCAAAUGUUCAUACCCAGCCCUCGACCCUCAUUAUCCUGGAAAUGAAUCUCUAUUUUUGACUCUGUGGUUAUGUAUGCUCUUAGUUAAUGCAAGUGAAGGGUUAGGGGUGAUUUGGGAACAUGAAGGUAUAUAAAUUUGAGAUAAUGAGGAAUUUUUAAAUAAAUAGUGGAGUCUAUAAAAGUAUUUCAGAUGUUUCUAUUGCUCUUAUUCCUCUCUAAUCCUUGACUUUCGUAUUGAUGUGUAAAAAAAGUUUAAAGAAUCAGCUAAAACGCUGCAAAAAAUUAAAAAUGGGUCCAUUUCAUUAUCUGUAAUUCGAUGUUUUUAGGAGAAAUGGGGAAAAAAACCAGGUCAUUGUUUCCUGCUGUGCCUUUGCAUAUUAAGAUUAAUAGACUCACAAAUCCUUAUUUUUGAUCUUUACAUGGCUACUGAGUCCUAAUGACUUUUCACUCGUGCUCCCCCACCCCACCAUUAUGUACUUGAGUUUGUGAAUUUUUUUAUAGGCUUGGUUUUUAUAGUGUAUUAAUCCUCUACUAAGCCAUAUAGAAGUAAAUUGUUAAGUGUCAGAAAUACCACAUGGAAUGCCAAGUAUGAUGAAGAAGAGAAUGAAAUUUUAAAAAUGAAUUAAAUUAUGAGAGUAGGAGGAGGAGGAAGUUACACCUAUAUUUUUAUAGGUGUAAACUUUUUUCAUAACAAAGAGAAAUGAACUAUUUUGGUAUAACUGAGCAAAACUACUCACUGAAGUAAUAUGUGAAUGAAUUAAUCCAUUUAUAAUUUUGUGGUUUCUUUAUUAAUAAAUGUGAGCUUCCAUUCUGCUU